AUGAUGCUCCCCAAGUUCCUCUUCAUCCUCACGUUUGUCACCGGCAUCAUUGCGCAAGACGCACUCAGUCCCACGGACUGUGUCAUCGAAUGCGUUGACCUCGUCCUUGAUUCUGGGAUCACCGACUGUGUUGGGCCUAACAAAUCACUUGACCCAACACGAGUCCCCUGUCUGUGUGAAGACUUCACCUUCAUGAAAGCCACUGUUGAGUGUGUCUUGAACUCCGGGAAAUGUAAGGACCAGGAUACAAUCCAGCGCUCAUUCGUCUACGCCCACGGGCUUUGCGAUUCCGCCGGGGUUGACCUCGCUGGGAACAGUGCCCCAGAGCUCCCAUCAGUCUAUGGAGUCCUCACCUCCGUGUCCAGCACCAGCACCAAGAAAUCGACUCCCACCCCUACCCUGGUUGACGAAAUCGUCACCACCAUGAUCUCCAGGUCGACUAGUAUUGCGUGUCCGUUGAUUUCCGGGAAUGCGACCUACACCGUCAUGAAUGGCAAUACUACCUACACGACGGUGCCAGCGGCUACCGAUGCCCGGUGUGGAAACGUCACGGAGACCUUCGAUAUCACGUACACGAGGAAGGUCGCUGCCACUCAAACCGGUGUUACAACUACUACUGGCACGGGAAGUAUGACUGCUACCGACCAGCCUACGGCCACGGCGGAGAGAGGGGGAGCUGGGGGAAUUGCUGAGUUGAAUGCCGUUGGGUUGCUGUCUUUUGCUGGAAUCAUCAUGUGGCUUCUCUAA